GUUGCGGUUGGACACAUAUUUUAUAUGGAGUUUCAUAGGCCCUGCCACGCUCAUAAUAAUGCUGAACGUGAUCUUCCUGGGUAUCGCCCUCUAUAAGAUGUUCCACCAUACAGCUAUCCUCAAACCAGACUCUGGAUGCCUGGACAACAUCAAAUCGUGGGUGAUUGGUGCCAUAGCUCUCCUCUGUCUGUUGGGUCUGACCUGGGCGUUUGGUCUGAUGUAUAUCAAUGAGAGUACAGUGAUCAUGGCCUACCUGUUCACCAUCUUCAACUCCCUACAGGGCAUGUUUAUAUUCAUCUUCCACUGCAUCCUACAGAAGAAGGUGCGUAAGGAGUAUGGGAAGUGUUUGCGUACCCACUGCUGCAGUGGUAAGAGUGUAGAGACCUCCAUCUCGUCCUCUGGAAAGAACCACACCACGUCUCGAACCCCAGGACGAUACUCCACGGGGUCGCAGGUCAUCUUGCCUGCCUGUACACCUGGACGCUACUCCACAGAAGAUUCCCAGAGUCGUAUCAGGAGGAUGUGGAACGAUACAGUGAGGAAACAGGAGUCAUCCUUUAUGACAGGAGACAUCAACAGCUCAGCCACACUCAACAGAGAGGGGAUCCUGAACAACGCGCGAGACUCCAGCGUCAUGGAUACGCUCCCUCUCAACGGUAACCACGGCAACAACUACAGCGUGGCGAGCGGCGACUACCUUAGCGACAGCGUCCAGAUUCUAGAUCGCGGCGGCGUCAGCGGUUACAGUACCUACGGCAACCACAAGGAGACAACAUUAGAAAAGCAGAUCCUUAAAGAGUUAACCUCCAACUACACCCCUUCGUAUUUGAACAACCACCAGCGGUCGGCGACCACUGAACGCAACCACAACCUGAUGAAUAAGAUGGUCAACGUCGGUAACGGCACCGGUAACGCGGGCGGCCUGGUCGGUAACAGCAGUAACGGAAUCGGAAUCGGUGGCGUAGUCGGUGGCGGGAGUAACCAUGACUACGACUUGAGUAACGAUGGUGUCGACGUUAGUCACAUGGUGCUGGAUAACCCCAACGUUGCCUUCCCAUUGGAUGAGAAUUUGGGAUUGGAGAUUAUAAGGGAGGAGUCAAACGCCCCUCUCCUCCCGCCCCGCCCUCUGCCUCCCCCAGACAGCCUCCCCCACCCUCACCCUCCUCCCCCGCCCCCCCAUAACUUCUCCCGCCCCCGGCACAUCCCCCAGGAGACCAGCGACAGCUUCUUCCCCCUCCUGACCAAUGAGCAGACGGACGAGACGCCGCAAUCACCCAAUCACAGAAACUCUCUGUACACCUCCAUGCCCGUGUUAACGGAUUUACCGGAUGGCCAGGGUAGUCACGGGCAGAUGAACGGUUUAGCGGACGGUGAGCUGGACGACAGCGGGGAGAUUCAGGCCGGUAACAGCAGCACUGGGAGCGGACCGGGGCCAGAGGCGGAGGAUGUUUACUAUAAGAGCAUGCCGAACCUGGGGUCCAGGAACCAGCUCCACCAGCUCCACCAUUACUACCAGAUGGGGCGGGGGGGCAGCGACGGCUACAUGGUACCUGUCAACAAGGAGGAUUCUGAUUCGUCGCCCGAGGAGCCCCUGACCCCCGUUGACCCCUCCCAUCUGGUCACGAGCCUAUAGACCAAUGAGAAGACUCUAAACCCCUUAUUUUCCGGGUCCCACCUUCUUUUUUAGUCCCGCCUCCCAGAAUAGUUAUAUGUUGAUGAUUGAUUGACAGUUGGCGCUGACCAAUGAAGGCCUGGUUGAACGGACCCGCUUCCUGAUUCUUUCCUGUGGUUAGUGACAAUAGGGAUGAGACUGAGCUAUCAUUGGCCGGAAGGGAGAUGAGGGCAAUUCGAUUGGAUAGAGAUGGAUUGUAAUUUAGACCAGAACGAACUAAACUGGGUGGCUCGAAACUAAGGAGUUUUUUUGUGAACAUUCUUCAGGAAUGGAAAUAUGAACUAGUACCUGAAGGAGGAGGAAUGUAGGGAAGGAUCUGUCAUUUAACCUGUCUUCAUAGACUCGCCUGGAUCGUAGCCCAGACACAUCCUACCAUGGACCUGUAGCAGAUCCUAGCUUAGUCUUUUUCACCGUCCAAAACAUCAGACUACUCUUCCAAGCCCUGGACACUGGUCAAAAGAAUCUAGCCAAUCACCAGGCUUCUCCUUGUUCUUCUACUACCUGACCUGCCAAUCAGUAGAGUGUGUAUGAUAAACCCCGCCCCCCCCCCGUCACAUAACUAUUUUAUUAGACGACAUGUUGUUCUCAACACUGUAACCAUGGCUACAGACGACAGGGUAGUUAGAGGAACUCUGUGUGUUUUACAACCGUCUCUUCCUCCUGUCUGAUGAACUGAACUGAAACGGGAGUUACCUUCCUGUUCCUGCAAGGUGUACAGACUCAACUGAACUUUUACUGUUCCAUGUUCCAGACGGUUCCCUAAGUAGGAACUAGACAAAAGAUGAAGGAUUUAAAAAUCAACUGAAACAGAUGCAUUUUUUCACCCCC